CUUAGGGAGUGACUCGUGCGUAAAACGCACAUGUAGCCACUUCGAGUUCUUACUGCAACUUCAUAUCUCUCCCUCGCUCCCUCUUGGUUUCUGGCAAAAUAAUUGCCCUCUCCGGUCAAAUCAUUUACCAUUUCACCAACUCGAUAAUGGAUUCUAUGUUUCUUGAUCUUGGCUGAUUUUACUUUCAAGUAAAUUGGCGGGAAUUCGGUAGGUGAAAGUUUGUGGUGGUUGGAGGAAGAUUAACACGAUAAAGCCGAAGAAUUCCCGCCAUGAACUAUCAGUCAGUUUUGUUUAUUUUCUUUAUCAACUAUCGGCCAGUUUUGUUAAUUUUCUUUAUCAUCUAUCAGUCAGAAGUUAGAUUAUCAGUUGAUUAGGAGCAUUAAAAUUUAAUAAGUACUAAUUAAUUAGUACCUAGUGACUAGGUUAGAGGAGCACUAGAAAAGAAAUUAAAUAUUGACUAUGAGGCCAUGUGAAUUAUGUUGGCGGGCGAGUGCACUUAUUUACUGCAGAGCAGAUAUGGCUCGCCUUUGCUUAAACUGUGAUGGAUCUGUACACUCAGCCAAUGCGUUAGCGCGAAGGCACUCACGUUGGUUUCUAUGUGAUAAGUGCAAUGAUCAGCCUGCAACAGUUCGAUGCCUGGAUGAGAACAUGUCCUUGUGCCAAAGUUGUGAGUGGAAUCACAAUAAUGGGGUUACAGGAAUGGGGCACCGUAACCAAGCAAUAAGUUGCUAUACGGGCUGUCCGUCGUUGUCUGAGAUUUCGAGAAUUUGGUCUGCGGUCCUUGAAGGGGGUUCAGCUUCUGGUGGUUUUGGUGGCAGUGCUUGGGAGUCACUUGGGGGUUCGGUGAUGCCAAAGAAUGAGAAUAAUUGCAUUAGUAACUGUUUGGAGCGUAGAGAUAGUGACGCAUCUUCGUUUGGGGUAGUGAGUGCUGGCAAGUUGAAUGAAGUACUAGCAGAGUCUAAUUGUACUCCCAAGUUUGAGCCGUGGAUGGCCCCAUCUGCUAUGAUUCCAUCAAAUCCGAACUGCAUCCAGCCACAAUGCAAAGAUCAAGCACCAUUCUUGCCUCAGGAGUCGAGCCAGAUGCCAAAGCUACAGGGUUCUUCAAAUUUUAAAGAUCUAGGAAUUCAGGAUGGCAAUGAUCUAUGUGAAGGUCUCAACAUGGAUGAUGUUCCACUAGACGUUGAAAAUGACGAUGAGCUAUUUAGCUGCUCACAAGGUCCUUCCAGAUACUCCUUUGAGGAUGGAGAGUUGGACUGUCUAUUAAUGGACCAGAAAAACUUAUCAGUCACCGAGUCUAAUGGUCCUCACAGUGACAAUGCUAUACAACAGGCAUCACCAUCAAGACAACAAGAGUGUACCGUAGGAUUUCACUCAUCCUGUGUGUCAGAUAGUGUGAUGCCCCCAGUGAUGAAUGCUGGUAGCACUGUAAACUGCAGCCUGCUCAUGAAUCCUAGUUGCAGCAGAAACAUCAAUCUGGAGGGAUUAAUUAAUCCUACUGGUCAAGUUCAUUCAAGCAUAUCUCUAUCACUAUCCAGCAUCACAAGAGAUACAACUCAUCCAGAUUAUCAAGAUUGCGGAUUGUCACCCGUCUUUCUAUCAGCAGAACCUUGGGACUCUACUUUGGAGACCAGCAGUCCACGAGCAAGGGACAAAGCUAAGAUGAGAUAUGAGGAAAAAAAAAAAACUCGCACGUUUGGUAAACAAAUAAGGUAUGCCUCUAGAAAGGCUAGAGCUGAUACCAGAAAACGAGUCAAGGGAAGAUUCGUAAAAUCCGGUGAAGAAUAUGAUUACGAUCCUCUUGUGAGAAGGAGCUUCUGAUUAUCUAAAUAAGUCAUACUAAAUCUCUAUCGAUCUCCCUUCCUUUAGCUGCAAGACAAGGCCUGAUUGUUUGGAUAAAGGUAGAGUCCACCAGGUGGAAGAAUCAUGUUUUCUGUAGUACUGGGAUGACUGCCAAGUUGCAUGAUCAUGCAUACGGAAAUAAAAGCUGUUCAAUGCUUUUUCAUGCAUACAAAGUAUGCAUACAGAAAAAGCCUCGAAUCAGUAAAUGCCAUAAAAGCGCGCAGUAUAUAUAUAUAUGCCAUACAGUUACUCUUCGAUCAAUUUGUUUAUUACGAGGAAAAACAAAAAAACAGAGAGACCUUUCUUCAAAUUUUAGGCCAAAUUGCCUGUUUGGUCCCCGGCAUUUGGGCUAGUCCUUAAUGUUGUCCCUACAAUUUCAAUUUUCAAUAACAUCGUGCAAUCUCUUAAC